AUGUUGGGGCAGAGACCGCUCCAGUUUCAUUCUUAUUUAAAGGCUGGAGGAAACGGCUCCGGUUCACUUCAGGUGUCCAGAUUCAACCUGCAGCAGCCGACAUGGCAGAGAGUCUGUUUCCGAGUUUAACCAAAGUCUUGGGGAAAGAACUGGGCCCGUCUGUGAAGAGCAACUGGAACUACAACUUGGACUGGCCUCUGCUGACCGUGGUCAAGAUUCAGAACAAGAGGUUUGGUCUGUUUGAGUCAAACGACAGAUAUACCCCACUUAAACUUAAACUGACCGACCUUUCUAAGGAAAACCUCUCUCUGGAGCCUCAAACUAAAACACACAUGCAGGAUUACCAGACUGUCAGCCGCCAUGUUGAGGGAAUUGGUUUAGGAGGAGGACAUAAUGAAGUCACAGGCAGAGCGGGGGCCAAGCGGGACUGUACGGACGCAACGUCCCGGAUGACGUUGAUGAAAGAGUUUGUCAGAGACGAGGACGUGGCAAAGCUACGGCACAAGACAAUCGAACUGGAGCAGGAAUUUGUGGAAAGCCUUGAGAUGAAGAGAGGAGAGAAACUGGCUUUUGUGGUGGAGAGAUUCCACAACAAGGAUGAAGUCCAGGUUCUGGGCGAGGCUUCGUAUGGAGGGAUAUUUGGAAUAACAGCAUUUAGCUUUGUCGACGUCUCUUAUAAGAGUCAAAAGUCUGGAAUUACAAGCUUCAUCAUCCCAGAAAAUAAAACCUUUGGUUUUGUUCUCCAAGAGAUGCAGCUGGAUGGAAACACUCUGAAGUUUGGUCGUGCGAUAUUCUCAGUUACAAUGAUGGGAAUCUUGAAACAGACGACAUUGGCACAGGACAUGAUUGGCAAACUGGAGGGGAAAGUCGAUGUGUGGCAGUCGCUGGCAGGCUGCGGUCACCUGCUGCCAAAACUCACCGCGGUCCUGGACGAAGGAUGUUCUCUGAUUCAGCUGGAGGACACGCUGGACCGGAUCCUUGAUGGAGAAAUUCAGCCUGAAGGAGCCGGAGCGUCAUUCAUGGAUCUGGUUUCGUCUGCUUCCAGAGAGCAGACCGAAGCUCUUCAGCUGCUGGUCUGCGCUCUGGCCGAUCUACCAGAGGAGAUUCCAGCUGCUUUGGCCAAAUCCGGUCCGGAAACUCUGGACCACAUCAUGGAGAUAAUGGAGCAUCUUAAGACUGGAGCUGCUGAAGUUCCUGAGUCCCUGGUUCGCCCCCUGCUGGAGAAGCAGGAGCUGUGCUGGGCGGGAUCCUUCCUGAAGUCAGGACGUUACAUGAAAAAACCCGAAUUCAACGGUUACGAUCAUCCUCCCGCCCAGAUGGAGGCGCUGUACGUCAGCGUGAGAGGAAUCAGCGUCAUGCUGCGGGCCGGACGGAAACUCUGAGUGUUUCUGGUGCCGACAACAAUAAAGAUCAUUUAACCUGCGGGAAACAUGACGAUUCUUCACAAAUAUCUGUAAACAUCAACCCAGAUGUUCCAAAACGUUUCAUCCGAACAUUUAUUCAUAAUUCAGAGUUUAUGCAAUAAAUGCUCCAUAAAAAUGUCUCCAGAGGAAUAAAAUCAUGAAUAAAACUAUUUGCUUCAUCA